AUGCAGGACCGCAAGGACGCAGAGCUGGCGCCUCUACGCACAAAGAAGACCGCAGCGAGUGCUGAGGUGCAGACGUUACGUCAGAAACAAGAGGAGCUUGAGACGCAGUUGCGUGCCGUGAAGAGUGAAUUGCAACGCGCAGUUGGAGAGCAGCACCAAGCGGACGAGGAUAUGCGUGCAGUUGAAGAGCGCUUCAUCGCUGACACUGCGCGCUUCCGCGCCGAGCACCAACACGUCACGCGGCGAUUCUCCCGCGCGCAACGUCGUCGCGUCAUAUCGACCGAGGUGAGCCGAGUGGAGAGUGAAGUGCGUCAGGCACGACUCGCCCACAGCCAAGUGCACACGCUUCGUGCCAAGCAAACAGCUUCGAAUUGCCUUGUGUCAAGUUUAUGA